AUGGAGGACGCGGCCCAUCGCGCCAAGGAGCUUGCGCGCGCCCGCGCCGCCCGGAAACGCUACCGCGAGACGACGGACGAGAAGGAGGAGCGCUUGGCGAAAGGGCGUCUGCGCAUGGCCAAGCUGCGCAGGAGCGAAGGCGCCGACGAGGCGGCGCGGCGCCGCGAGAAGAACCGCGCCCGCGUGGCCGCGCGCCGGCAGCUCGCCUCGGACGACGAAAAGGAAAAGUGGAAGCAGCAGGCCCGCGAACGAGCGCGCGUGCGACGAGAGAGUGAGACGCCGGAGCAGCGCAAUCUUCGGCGCGAGCACGACCGACUGCGCAUGCAGCAAAAGCGGGCUCAAACCGACGAGUUCAAGGUGUCCUUCUCCAUGUACAUGGCCGACGCACGGAGCGCAUCAUGCAUGGACGCAGACAACAUCGUGCUCGACCACGACAAUGUUAUGGGCGAAAAGCCUAGUGACACUCUGGCAGCCGACGACGACGACGUGGCGCUACCGCCGGGGCUGUGGGGGCCGCCCGACAAGCCUUUUGAUAACAGAACAAUGUAA